UGUUUUGAGGUUAACCUGGGCGUUUUGCUUACAUUUGCUAUUUAAUAAGUUUGUUGUAGAAGGCGUAAUUUUAAUUUCUAGUUUUGUCAGUGAACUUUAAUAUUAAGCUAUGGAAGCAAAGGAAUUCGAUGCCACUUUAGGUGGUACUGAAAACCUGCCGUACGCAGCGAAUAGUUUGAAGUUUGCUGCCUCCAGGAGCGUAGAAAUCGCAGCAAUGACUGAAAGUAUACUAAGGCCAAGCAAAACUAAACUGAUAUUUCAAACAUUGCCGGUACACAUGAGGCGGCGGGUAAUGAGCCACAACUGUAAACGAUUGCCGCAAAAGUUACGAAAAGGCCAUUUAGAACAGUUAAAAAAGAGUGGGCUGCCUCCUAAACAAAAACGACCAUCUAGGAAAUACAGACGUCGACCAGCGAAUCUAUUAGAAGAGUAUAAUCGACGACAAAAGCGUAAUGUUUGGUUAGAAACACAUAUAUGGCAUGCAAAGAGAUUCCAUAUGGCUGAACGUUGGGGACAUCGCCUGCCGUACGCGCCGUGCGACAAGGCGUUCAGAGCAUGCUAUAGAGGCAGUUCUGCACACUGCCUUCUACAAGACAUAUCUUACCACAUACCAAUUCAAAUAACAGGCAAAGUACAAAAUAUCAAAGACAUGUUUGCAAAGAUAACUAGUAGUGUUUGUGGUUUAAGCAUUGUUGCUAUGGCUUACAUAAAAGGUACAAGACAAGGAACAGCCCAUAUCUUUGGGCUAAACUCAUUUCCUUUUGGUUAUAUAGGUAAAGUACAAUUUAUUUGGGUACCAAGUGAUAGCACGGUUAAAACCUUGUGGCUUUUUGUUCAUCCAUCACAAAUAAAAGCCAUACAAUCAGUUCUUGAAGAAGCUUCUCGUCCACAUGACAAAGAAGACUAUGAUAUAGCUAGCAAAAGGAGAAAAAUUGAGAAUGAUUCAGCAAUUAAAAUACAAGUAAUUCCACAAGCCUUCAACAGAUUUCGUCUAACAGGGCCGAACAGUCAUGCAGUGCUAGCUCAGAGCUUAAAGUGUGUGAAUGAUAUUGAUUGCAUCAAAAAUGAUAACUGGGUAUCCUUACAUAAGCCUAAAGAUUUAAAAGACAAGGAUGAAUACUGGCAAAGUAUAAGCACAGCUAGUACUCCAGCUCAACUACCCUCAAAUAUGAUUGUUGGGCUAGUUGUUAAAGAUCCUCGCCUUAGUCGGCCUUCACGGCGCACAAAGGCAAAACAAGACUCAAAUACUGAAAUCAGUAUAGAAUCUUUACUUACUGCUCCACCAUACCUAUCCAGUUCUCCACUAUGGGAUGUUAAAAUACAUGAAAGUAUUAAAAAGGAGUCAAUGACCAACGGCCAGUUUGUGAAGCAUGUAACCAAGAAUCAGUUAGUUCCGGGUGAGAUUGAUGAGCAUGACCCAGCUUUGCAGAGUGUGCCUAUUGUACUGAUUCAGAGAUCCGGUUCCCAGAACUCUGAAUUUAAGAAGAUUGGAUAUGGGAGUGGUUGGGAUAUUAUUAUACCUCGAGGUUAUGCUCUGCCAUUCUGGCUCACAUUCAUUAUGUUUGGAGCAAGAUCAGGAGGUUUGAGAGAAACGGAAAGUGUAGCAUUUGAAAUGGGGGAAUGUUAUCUACCACCAGAUUCUGAUGCUGGGAAGGAAAAUGAAAAACUGAUAGAAAUAGAAUCAAGAGAAAAGUACUUUAAAUUACCUCCUAGCAAAAGAGUUAAUUAUGUGAAAAUAGGAAUAAAUAGCCCUUUUAUAUGUCCCUGGAACAUAUUGCUGACUGAUUGGUGUGGUAAUCAAGUUAAUGAUUAUUUUGUAUUACGAAAUAGAAGUCUCUUGAAUGGAAUACAGGAUUCUGUUACUAGAAAACAAAGUUUACCAAAUGUAGAAAAUGCAGGUUUCUGCUUAAUUCCAGUCUACAUAAAAUUAGUUGCCAAAGGUAGUCUACACAAACACUCACUAAUAUGCUUACCAGAAGCUAGUGAUGUUAAUAAUGUUAAAACCUUAUUUGAGCCACAUCAUGAAGACCCCAAUGAAAAGCUUAGAAAGCUCAGACGUGUUGAGCACUUUAAAUUCUUAAAAAAGUGUAAGAGACACAAUGCAAAAUUAAAAAAGAAAAAGGUAACUUCGGAAAAGUUACACAAAAAGGUCAAAUCUGAGCCAUCAGAAUAUGUAAAAACAAUGAGAGUGUUAUGGCUUCCUUCCAAAGUUGUAACAGUCCGGAAUACAGCCUCGAGACAAGUGAUGGGCUAUGUAUCACAAGGAGCAUUCAGUUUCACUGAAGGACAUAGUUGCGGCAUUGGCUAUAUUGCAUAUAAUGCCCUGCAACUACUACUAAAUAAUGGACUCAACCAAGUCUUGGUGAGAACCACAUCAUCAAGAAAAUAUAGACUUGCAAAUAUAGUGGUUAUUAAUCCUACGUAAAUAAAAACAAUUUCUUAGAAAA